GUGGGAGGUGACAUCUCAGCAGCGAAGAGGUGUUGGCUGCCUUCCUAGGCAUGACUGGGUCCCGGGUUCGAGCCAGAGUUGGCCGGAAAGGGCCUAUAUCAAGGUCUGUGCUGAACAUAUACAUGUGAAGAUGCAGAAUUGUGUUGAAAAGUCACAACCACCUUUUGAUGGCAACACUCUCAGCAUCUCCAUUCUCCAAAUGGGGAAACUGAGGCCCAGCGUGGCUAAGUGACUUGCCUGAGUUGACACAGAGAACGCCUGCAUUCACCCCCCAGCCAAGCCAGCUGUCAAGAGCAUGCCUCUGUGCCAUUGUGGGGCCACCGGCAGGGGCAGCAAGCCCAAUGGGGAUGAAGCUCAGCUCAUGACCACCAGAGGAGGCCUGAAGGUGCUCCUGCACUGGGCUGGCCCUGACAGCAGGGAGCCCUGGGUCACUUUCAGCGAGGCCACACUGACCGCAGAGGAGGUCUGCAUUCACAUUGCACAAAAAGUCGGCAUCACUCCACCCUGCUUCAAUCUCUUUGCCCUCUUUGAUGCCCAGGCCCAGGUCUGGCUGCCCCCAAACCACAUUCUGGAGGUCUCCAGAGACACAAAUUUGAUGUUGCACUUCCGCAUGAGGUUUUAUUUCCGGAACUGGCAUGGCAUGAAUCUUCAGGAGCCAGCUGUGUACCGCUGUGGGCCCCCAGGGGCCGAGACUUCAUCAGAACAGGCAGAACAGGGCGUGCCGCUCCUGGACUCAGCCUCCUUUGAGUACCUCUUUGAGCAGGGUAAGCAUGAGUUUGUGAAUGAUGUGGCAUCACUGUGGGAGCUGUCGAGUGAGGAGGAGAUCCACCACUUUAAGAAUGAGAGCCUAGGCAUGGCCUUUCUGCACCUCUGCCACCUCGCUCUCUGCCGCGGUAUUUCCCUGGAGAAGGUGGCCAAGAAGAUCAGCUUCAAGGACUGUAUCCCACGCUCCUUCCGGGAGGAGAUCCAACAGUACAACGUGUUCACACAGCUACGCCUGUGGAUCAUCUUCCACAGGUUCCUGCAGGCCUUCCAGCCAGGCCGCCUUUCCCAGCAGGUCAUCAUGGUCAAGUACCUGGCCACACUCGAGCAGCUGGCACCCCGCUUCGGCACGGAGCGUGUGCCUGUGUGCCACCUAGAACUGGUACCUCAGGCCACAGGGGAGCACUGCUACAUCCAGGACAGUGGGCAGGCCCCUGCAGACCCCAAGCCCGAGUCUGCGGUCGAAUCCCUUACCCAUGAGGUGCUGGUGACUGGCACUGGCGGCAUCCAGUGGCGGCCAGUACAGACAAAGGGCCCCCGCAGCAGCAGGAGUCCUCGUGCCGGCUCAUCUGGGAAGAAAGCCAAGGCCCAAGAGUUGGGUGAGCAGCCUGUGGACAGGCCACAGGAGGCGCCGUGGGCCUACUUCUGUGACUUCCAGGACAUCACCCAUGUGGUGCUAAGAGAACGCCAUGCCAGCAUCCACUGCCAGGACAAGAGCCUGGAGCUGACCCUGCCUUCCCGGGCCAUCGCCCUGUCCUUGGUGUCACUGGUGGAUGGAUACUUCCGCCUGACGGCCGACUCCAACCACUACCUGUGCCACGAGGUGGCUCCUCCACGGCUGGUGAUGAGUAUCCAGGAUGGCAUCCACGGACCCCUGCUGGAGCCGUAUGUGCUGGCCAAGCUGCAGCCAGAGGGUGGCCUUUAUCUCAUCCACUGGAGCACCACCCACUUUGACCGCCUCAUCCUCACAGUGGCCCAGCAGGACCAGGCCCCUGGCAUGCAGUGUUUGCGCCUGCGCAAGUUCCCCAUUGAGCUGUCUGCAGGGGCCUUCAGCCUGGAGAGCUGGGACCGGUCCUUCCCCAGUGUGCGGGAGCUGCGGGCCACCCUGCAGGGCUGCUCUCUGCAGGCCGGUGACAACUGCUUCUCCCUGCGCCACUGCUGCCUGCCAAGACCAGGAGAGAUCUCCAACCUCAUCAUUAUGCGGGGACCUCGGGCCAGCACCAGGUCUCUCAACCUCAGCCAGCUCAGCUUCCACUGGAUCUGCCAGGAUGACAUCACCCAGCUGUCCCACUUGGGCCAGGGCACAAGGACCAAUGUGUAUGAAGGCCUCUUGCGAGUCGGGGGCGGAGGCCCUGAGGAGGACAAGGCAGACGGGGACCCCGCCUCACUCGGUGAGGACCGUGGGCAGGAGCUACGAGUGGUACUGAAGGUGCUGGACCCCAGUCACCAUGACAUUGCCCUGGCCUUCUAUGAGACGGCCAGCCUCAUGAGCCAGGUGUCCCAUGUGCACCUGACCUUCAUCCACGGUAUCUGCGUGCACAGCUCCAAAAAUAUCAUGGUGACCGAGUACGUGGAGCAUGGACCCCUGGACGUGUGGCUGCGACGGGAGAGGGGCCGUGUGCCUGUGGCCUGGAAGGUGGCAGUGGCCCAGCAGCUGGCCAGUGCCCUCAGCUACCUGGAGGACAAGAGCCUGGCUCACAGUAACGUGUGUGGCCGGAACAUCCUGCUGGCACGUGUGGGGCUGGCGGAGGGCACCAGCCCGUUCAUCAAACUGAGCGACCCUGGCGUGGGCCUGGGUGCCCUUUCCAGGGAGGAGCGGGUAGAGCGGAUCCCCUGGAUGGCCCCCGAGUGCAUGUCUGGUGGGGCCAACAGCCUGAGCACCGCCGCUGACAAGUGGGGCUUUGGUGCCACUCUUCUGGAGAUCUGCUUCGAUGGGGAGGCCCCCCUGCAGGACCGCAGUCCCUCUGAGAAAGAGUGCUUCUACCAGAAGCGGCACCAACUGCCUGAACCCGCAUGCCCGGAGCUAGCCACACUCACCAGCCAGUGCCUGACCUAUGAGCCAGCCCAGCGGCCUUCCUUCCGCACCAUCCUUCGUGACCUCACUCACCUUCAGCUCCAAAAUCUUUCGGCAGUCCUGCAUGUGAACCCAACCUCACCAGCAUCAGACCCCACUAUUUUCCACAAGCGCUAUUUGAAAAAGAUCCGGGAUCUGGGUGAGGGCCACUUUGGCAAGGUCAGCCUGUACUGCUAUGACCCAACCAACGAAGGCACUGGUGAGAUGGUGGCCGUGAAGGCUCUCAAGGCGGGCUGCAGCCCUCAGCUCCACACUGGCUGGAGGCGGGAGAUUGACAUCCUGCGCACACUCUACCAUGAGCACAUUGUCAAGUACAAGGGCUGCUGUGAGGACCAAGGUGAGAAAGCGAUGCACCUUGUCAUGGAGUACAUGCCCCUGGGCAGCCUCCGAGACUACCUGCCCCGGCACAGCAUAGGGCUGGCCCAGCUGCUGCUGUUUGCGCAGCAAAUCUGCGAGGGCAUGGCCUACCUGCACAUGCAGCACUAUGUCCACCGAGACCUGGCUGCCCGCAACGUGCUGCUGGACAACGACAGCCUGGUCAAGAUUGGGGACUUUGGCCUCACCAAGGCUGUGCCUGAAGGCCACGAGUACUACCGCGUGCGCGAGGAUGGGGACAGCCCUGUGUUCUGGUAUGCCCCCGAGUGCCUGAAGGAGUGUAAGUUCUACUAUGCAUCUGAUAUCUGGUCCUUUGGAGUCACCCUGUAUGAACUGCUGACCUACUGUGACUCCAGCCAAAGCCCCCCCUCGAAAUUCAUCGAGCUCAUAGGCCCCACCCAGGGGCAGAUGACAGUACUGAGGCUCACUGAGCUGCUGGAACGAGGGGAGAGGCUGCCAAGGCCAGAAAAAUGUCCCUAUGAGGUCUAUCUCCUCAUGAAGAACUGCUGGGAGGCAGAGGCCUCAUUUCGCCCAACCUUCCAGAACCUCGUACCCAUCCUGAAAACGGCCCAUGAGAAAUACCGGGGCCAGGCCCCCUCGGUGUUCAGUGUCUGCUGAAGCCUGUCAGGUGGCUCUGCUUCCGGGAAUCGGAGCAGAUAGUACCCACAGAGAGGGCCUCCCACUUCCGGCCUAGGAGGAAGUUGGCUUCACCUACUCCCUGUGUCUUACUGCCUAGGACCCCAGGUCUGUGACCUGACUGACUUUCCUUGCCUUUGUCCAUGCGGCCUGCUGUAACAGAACACCACACACUUAGGGGGGCUUGGAAACAACCAGAACUGCAUCACAAUUCUGGAGCUGGGAGUCCAAGUUUAAGGUGCCAGCCUGGUUACAUUUGGGUGAAGGCUCUCUUCUUGCUUCAUAGCCUGCAUCUUCUCACUGUGUCCUCACAAGGUGGAAGGGGGCGAGGGAUCUUUCUGGAGCCUCUUUUGUAAGGGCAGUAAUCCCAUUUAUGAGGGGCCUACGCACCUCCCAAAGACCCACCUCCUAAUACCAUCACAUGGGGCAUUUGAAUUUCAACAUUUGAAUCUUGAGGGAACGCAAACGUUCAAACCAUAGCAUUGUCAACAGUCAUGAGCCUGACACAGGCUCUGGAGGGACCCAGGACAGCCUAGGAGCUAAUCAGGCCCUUGAAUCCAAUCUUUAUGUCUUCUGCCAGCUCCGCCCUUACAGCCCACUGUCUCCUCUAGCUAGUAAUAAACUCCUACUUCCUGUGCUGAGGCUCUGGCCUUUGGGUCCUUCUUCAGCAAACAUCUGCUCUUCUGAGGAUGACAGCUACAGCAAGAUACUCACUACAGAAGAAGCCAGAUUCAACUACUCACCCUUUGCUCCCCUCUAAGUCACUAGCUAGCGGUUAGACCAGUGCCAGGAACACAGAAGGCACUCAAUAACUACUUGUUACAUAUACCAACAAAGGAUUUGGGGGGCCACAUACCACAUUGCUAAGACUACCAGUGUCACCCAUUCCUCCCUGUGCGACCUCAGGCAAGUGACCUUCCCUCUCUGGGCCUCGGUUCUCAACUAUGAACUGAGGAUGGUCCUGGUUGCUACCUUGGAGGACUAAUUAAAUGGCUUUGAGUUUGUGUGUGUCAGUGCUUAGCUGAGAGAUAUGCAAACAAUUGCCUAAUAAACAUUUGCUAUUGUUAGCCUGGUGUUUGCCAAAGUGUUUCUGCCUGAUUGCUGCACUUGGCACAGGUCUGUGUCAUCCACAUUGUGGAAAACAGUUAAAUAAUUUGCUUUCCCAUAGGACUUCUCAAACCUUAUGCACUGAAGCUGUCCUGAACAGACAGUUUCACAUAUCCCAGUAGCAUUUGCAUUUUAUAACAGUUUUCAAAAUUAAAUAUUCAUUUUAAUUAUCUUGUUUUCUUGAGGUCUCUCUCCUAUCCAUCAGCCACCAUUGUCGUCCCUGGAGGCAAUCAGACGUCAUUAAACUAAUGACGUCUGAUUUCUGUUUUCGCUUCCAGAGAUAUUUUAUCUAGAUACAAGGAAAUCUGUACACAUACUCUCUCCUGUCUUUUGCAAAAAUAGUCGCAUGUGCAACUAUUUGCACAGCUCAAGUCUGUUGUACAGUUGUUCUUUCUUUCCCUACAUAAUGGGUCUUCGAGAUGGUCCUAUAUAUCCAGGAAUGCAGUAGUUCCUUGUUCUGUUUGUGGUUGCGUUGUAGCCCCUGCUGGGGUCCAUAUAGUUAUUUCCAAUCCUUUGCUUGUCCAUGGCAGUGCUGCGGUGAGGAACCACGUGUGCGCCUGGUUUCACCCACAUUCAAGCGUAUCUGGGGAUGGCCAAAGGAACAGCUGCUGGUAGGAUCUAGCCUGCUAAUUGGAAAAGACAUUGCCACUAGAAUAUGUUUUUAUAUUUGAUAGGGUAGAUCUCCCUUUUAAAAAAUUAUCUUGGCCUAUUUUUGUGCAGCUACUUUUUUUUAAAUCCUUACCUGAGGAUACAUUUAUUGAUUUUGGAGAGAGGGAGACAAACAGCAGUGUGGGAGAGAAACAUUGAUCAGUUACUUCCCAUAUGCACCCCAACAAGGGAUCGAACCCAAAACCUAGGCAUGUGCCCUGACCGGGAUUGAACCCGCACGCUUCUGGUGUAUGGGAGGAUGCUCCUAUCAGCUGAGCCACCCAGCCAGGGCAUUGUGCAGUCACUUUUUUAUUUUUU